UGUCAGACCGUCACGUGUGAUUCCCAGUGCCACUUCCUGGUGUCUCUGCACCAAGCGACCGAAAUUUGUUUCAAAAACCUUUUAAAAUGUAUAACACGGUAGUGUUGAGCGUGAGCAUUUUUCCUGCAGGGCACCUUUAUUUGAGCUUGUUCUCUCUGACGUGGGUUAGUUUACAAAUACCGUUAUCGUCAGCUGGAAAGAUGAAGAUUGUAGAAGAACCAAAUACGUUUGGGCUGAACAAUCCUAUGCUGGCACAAGCCAACAGACUGCAGCCCAGGGUGCCUCCAUCUGGUGUUUCAGGGCCAGCUCAUCUCCACAGACUGGCGGGGAAGUGUUUCAGCUUCAUAGAGUCGAUGUACAAGUACGAGUUCUGCCCGUUUCACAACAUCACCCAGCACGAGCAGUCCUUCCGGUGGAACGCCUACAGUGGGAUCCUGGGGAUCUGGCACGAGUGGGAGAUUGCGAACAACACCUUCGUCGCCAUGUGGAUGAGGGAAGGAGACUCCUGUGGGAACAAAAACAGGCAAACAAAGGUCGUGCUCUCCUGUGGGAACAGCAGUAGGCUGGCCCAAGUGUCGGAGCCCACUACCUGCGUCUACGCCUUGACGUUUGAGACCCCUCUGGUCUGCCACCCACACUCUCUCCUGGUUUACCCGACCCUUCCCGAAGAGCUGCAGAGAGAAUGGGACGAGGUUGAGCAAGCCCGAUACGACCAGCUGAUCACCGAGCAGGGAUACAACAAGCAGCUGAAGGCGAUCUUUGAAGAAGCUGGAUAUUUCAAAACUGCAAAGCCCAAGGAGAAGAAGGAAGUUGGCGACCAUCCCUCCAAAACGUUCGACUCUCUGGAGCAAUGCAGUGAGGAUUUCUACAAACAGAGAGCGGAGCUACAGAGACUGCAGGCCCUGCUGUCCCAGAAUGGGAUCACUUACAGCAAGCAGCCAGAGAACUCUGACAGCCCUCAGGCCACGCCCCGCUCUGCGACUCCCAGAGAGGAGCAUCUCCGUGGCGACACCGGGCAGCUUGGCGAUCUCCUCUGAGCACACCUCGAGUCACACGCCAAAGGAAAAUGGGGACACAGGAAGUGAGAGAGGGGCAAAACGAGAGACGUGGGGUCCCUCAGGAUUGGUUUUGCCUUCGUAAUUAUUGCUCAAAGGUUGAGAAACUGGUGUCAAUCAGGAUGUUUGUUCACAACAAGGGUAAAUGAGUCUGAGAGACCAGUUGACAGCUGUGUCCUUGAAGGCAGCUUUUGGGAGAAUUACUGCCAGGCGUGAAACGGGCUGUGGCCCCCAGGAGCACAGUCUGGAGAACAGAACUGGAAAUCCAAACCAACCCCACCCCCUUGAGUUCACAUUCAGUUAUACCUUCUUAUUUGCAUAAAAUCUUUGAGUUGUUUAUUUAAGUGCUGUAUAUUUUUGUAAAUAAAUGGAUAAAAGGAAAGUUCUCACCAAUUUCCCUGGUUGAAACUAUUAAAAUUAAGAAACCACAUUAAAUGUAAUGGGGAACUGCAA